CACAAAAAUCAUAAAUCUCGUUAAAAUUUAGUUCAGUUUUUAUUCUUUUUCCGACAGAAAAUGACUGCCACUCGCCGCUUGAGUCGUGAGCUCGCCGACAUUAUUGCUACAGAAUCGAAGAUUGUGCGCAACAUCCAGACGACUGAUGACUCCCUAAUGGUGUGGACUGGAUUGCUGGUGCCGGAGAAGGUGCCAUACAACAAGGGAGCUUUUCGCAUUGAGAUCAGCUUUCCACCGCAAUAUCCGUUCAUGCCACCGAAAAUACUAUUCAAGACCAAGAUCUAUCAUCCGAACAUCGAUGAGAAGGGUCAGGUGUGUCUGCCGAUAAUCAGCGUGGACAACUGGAAGCCCACUACCAAGGCCGAGCAGGUAUUGCAGUCUCUAGUGGCAAUUAUACACGAGCCGGAACCGGAACAUCCCCUGCGUUCCGAUGUGGCUGAGGAGUACGUCAAAGAACACAAAAAGUUUCUGAAGAACGCUGAGGACUAUACGAAAAAGAAUGCCGAGAAGCGUCCAGAGUAAACCUGAAGAACAAGUACAUUCUACCUGCCAUUACAGCAAAGAUUUUGAAACCCUCCGAGUUGUGCAGCUAAAUAAUGUGGGACAACAGAAAAUAAACUAAUUAAGGAUGUCAAUAGUA